UCUCUCAGUAUCUGGUUCUUUAAGAAAACCAUAAAAUCCCCCAUUAUUUCCUCCUCCUUUGGCUUUAGAACACCAAAUCUAACCUGGGUAUCUUUCAUUCCCCAUGUUUUCUUGAGGGUUAGAAUCUUUUUCUCUUUCUGGGUUACCUUCAAUUCUUGUUAAGGUUACAAUUUCAUCAUCUGGGUACUCUUAGAUCUCCCAUUCAAAAUUUGGGAUCCUUCUAUUUCCCCAAAAUUUUCAAUGUCACAAAACUUUUCGAUUGAGCUUUACUUCGAUCCAGCACUUGAAAACCAAGUCUUGAAAACUUGGAAUAUUUUGGCUCGUCGGCAAAUCAGCACUCAGUUAAUUGAUAUCGAGUCCAGGCCUCACAUUACCCUUUUCUCAAGCCCUUUUCUCGACCCUGCGAGGCUCGAAUCUGUUGUAAAGUCCUUUGUUUCAAAGCAAGAACCAUUGGCUCUAUCUUUCUCUUCCAUUGGGACUUUCCCAAAUGAAAAAAAUGUUCUUUUUCUCGCACCAGCUCCAACAAUGGCCCUCCUACAGUUCCAGGCUCAAUUAUGUGAGGCUAUUAAAAAGGAAGGGAUUGAAAUUGGAGAAGAGUUCAAAGCUGACGCUUGGAUUCCCUGUUGUGCUGUGGCUCAAGAAGUUCCAAAAACAAGAAUGGCGGAGGCAUUUUGUUUGUUGAGGGAGUUGAAGUUGCCUUUUUCUGGGUACGCAAUGGAUAUUGGAUUGGUGGAGUUUCCACCUGUUCGUGAGCAUUUCUCAUUUGGACUUGGAAAUACAUUAGAGGCGUGAGAUCUUAAAGGGUCAUUAAUGGCAAACGUUCUAGUUGUUGGAGAUUAUAACAAGAUAUGCGGUUCGAUUUUUCUUUCGUGUACAGAAGCCAGAUGCUGGGACU